AUGUCGGGCUUGGAUCGCUCGACCUUUCUCUGCCUCGCUUGUUCCUCUUCGCUACCUCCUCGCAGGUCGAUGAACAAGGCUUUCGGGGGAAACAAUUUAGCCUCCGAUGACGUUUUCCUCACUCGUUGCUGCAAUAGACCAAUAUGCCCCACAUGUAUCAGCAGGAAUCCCCGUUUGGCGAGGUACAACCCAUGUCUCCACUGUUUGGGCGGAGUGGAUGCAGUCAGUGCGAGCAAGGCGAAACUUCAAACAGGAAGAGAUAAACAGGCCAUCCCUGUGAAUGUUGACGGUGCAAUACGAGAUGAGGACGUCUUCGUAUUGGAUGAUGAUGACCCAGACGAACUGGACGACUCUUGCAGUGCGGAGUCGGGCUCGCCAGCCCCUAGCAUGCCUCCCCCGGCCUAUACUGAUAGUGGUUCUGACUCAGCGGCAUCACCUCUUGAUGGAUCAAGUCAUGAUGGGGUAAAGGAGAACGUCGAAGCAGGGUCACAGGCAGUCGCCGCUCUGACACCAUCCAGCCCUCAUCGAUACUACCUGAAACCCAAUGACACGCUAGUCGGAAUCGCACUGCAUUUUCGUGUAGAUGGUCGAAUACUGUGCCGUCUGAACGGCCUCCCCCCUAGCACUCUCCGCACCACUCCACAUCUCCUACAUACCCGCACAUAUCUCAAUCUUCCCCCGUCAGCGAGUGGCAUAGAUAUUCACGACCCAUUGUCUGACAGCGCCGGUUCCGUGGAGGUCGCAGUCCGCGAGGCUCGGCGCGCCCGCGAGCGAGCGGAGAAGCGCUUCCAAGUCUUGACGAAGGAGGCAGACUGGCGUGUCGCAAGAGCGUACGUUGCCGUCGCAGACGUAGACGAUCCUGACGAGAGCGGCGAGCUCAAGUCAAAGUCCAAGUCGUUCGAGAGUACACUAGACAUGCCGAAACAGCGACGUGUUGGCGGAAGUGCGGAAGGACGCUUGGAAGAGCGUGCUAUAGACCGAUACCUAGACGAUGAGGAAUGGGAGGAGAGAGAAAGGAGGGAAGGGCGGGGAAUCUCGAUACCGUCCUUUCCGUACUUUCGCGAUGCGUCUAGCUCGAGUCGUAUUGGCGACUCGUCUGAAAAACGCUGGUGGAGAUGGCAACAGUGA